AUGGAGCGGUUUGUGCCGGCGGAUCGGUCUCUGUCCGCCUGCGGGCGCCUCUGUUACGCCACGGGACACUUUCUCAACGACCUGUGCGCCUCCAUGUGGUUCACCUACUUGCUGGUCUACCUGCACUCCGUGCUCGGACUGCGGAGCACCUACGCGGGCGUGCUGCUGCUGAUUGGCCAAGUGGCGGACGGGAUUUGCACCCCUCUGGUUGGCUAUGAGUCAGACAGGACAGAGGGACUCCUGAAACACGGCAAGAGAAAAAGCUGGCAUCUUCUGGGCAAGUACCAAAGAAAAUUGUUAAGAACCAUCUGCGUCCUCGUGUCUUUCCCCUUCAUUUUCACGCCCUGCCUGGCGUGCACGGACAGGACCCCCCAGUGGGCGCAAAUCGUGUACUUCGCCCCUUUCGUCGUGCUCUUCCAGUUCGGCUGGGCGGCCACGCAGAUCUCGCAUCUGUCUCUCAUCCCCGAGCUGGUGUCCCGGGACAGCGCCAAGGUGGAGCUCACCGCCUACAGGUAUGCCUUCAGCGUGGUGGCUAACGUCACAGUGUACGCCGUGGCGUGGCUGCUCUUCCACCUGCAGUCCCGGGGCGGCGUGGACCCCUCCCUCUCGGACAGCCUGGGCCCGGCGGACGCCGCCCUGUUCAGGACGCUGGCCCUCGCUGUGCUCGCCGUCGGGGCUUUGUUCUCCUUGAUAUUCCACGUUGGCACAAAAGAGGAUCCGUCUGCAUCAGGAAGAGGGGACCGGCCAACGCCGUCCGCCUCCACGCCGGAGUCUGACGCUCCUGCCGUGUUUCAGUGGAAGCACUGGUUGAAGGAACCGGCCUUCUACCAGAUGGCUUUUCUCUACAUGUGCACCAGACUCAUUGUGAACUUGUCUCAGACGUACAUCUCAGUUUACCUCACCUACUCACUCAUGCUGUCAAAGAACUUCAUUGCCAUCAUACCUCUAGUGACGUACAUCAGUGGCUUUGCGUGCUCGUUGGCCAUGAAACCAGUGAGCAGACUUAUAGGCAUCAGUCAAAGUGGAGCUUUUGUUUACGGGUCGAUGAGCCUGACGGAUAAAGUGGCUAACGGUGUGGGAGUCAUGCUCAUUCAGAGCAUCUGGCCCUGCAGAACAGAGUCGAGCUGCCCAGACUGUGUUUGGUUUUAUCGGGACGUCAUGGCGACUGUAACCGGGGGCGUUGCUGUGGUUGCUACCCUUUGCCUGGUCACACUUCUCGUCUGGCCAGUCAGAAUAAGGAACUAUUACAUUUUGAACUCAAGGACUCAAGGAUAAAAACGUUUCUUAACUUAGAUUUUUAACUUCAAUUUGACCUAAUUUCCUUUGGCUGAUUCAUUUCCCCCCUACCUGCUGAUUGUUGUUGUAGAGGAGUGCCUGUACAGAUAUUAAAACCAUGCCACCAUCUAGUGCAUUAAUAUGUAACUACACUGCUUUGAAGAAAAAGCGCAGAAACAGAGAAUACCGCUCAGACCGCUAAACUUACAACUCUUACACCAAACUUGUGGUUUAAAACAGAGAUUAUGGAGAAAUGUUACAAUUGGGGAACAUAAAGACUGAUACCGAAAAGAAAAGUGAACAUGGUUUGAUGGUUGUAAUAAUUUGUUGUAUUUAAAAAAAGAAUUCUUUGCACAUUUUACAAAAUAUUAAUUCAUAUUAAUUUUGUAUAUCUAGUUGUGUCCUUAUCUGAUGUUUUAUUUGCUUACAGGCCUUAUGAUCAUUUCUGAGAAAUAAUUUAUUUAUUUAAUAAAUUGGUAAGCAUCUCACAAAUAUGGUUCCAAAUUCUCCUGUCAUGAAAAUGGACAGAAAUCUUCCAAAGAUUGUUUCAUGUUCCCAUUUCCUUUAAAUAAGUCAGUGCUAGCUGCAGUUGUUUUUCACUGUUAAGCUGUGAUUUGUCCUCGUGAUAUCUCUGUGCUGAGAGUGUCGCUGUGAUAUUGCUCUGGUUUGCUGCCUCAUUCUUCUAAUUUUAAGCUCGUGAACAGCUUUAUCUCUGCAGCAAAUUAAAUAAAUAAAUCUUUACUAAACACAGUUAUUGGGGACAGUAAAGUGAAAAAUGAAGGUUAGAGGGUCUUAUGGAGGAGUUAGGAGCCGAAUUCAUUGUCUACAAUAAAAUGAAAUAAAUGACAUUGCCAUGUUGAUGGGUUACGGAGAGAAAGAGAUUAGUGAGAGAAAAGUUGGAUUUAGGACCAAUGAGAAAAGAAAAGAUUAGGCAGUUGCAGCAAGGUUGGGUGAGUAUGGAAAAAAAAACAACUUUCAGUUCCAUUUUCUUUGUAUGUGUUAAAAAUAAGUUUGUCAACUUAUCGGUGGGAAAUAAUGACUGAAGCAUUCUGAAUUUGGCAAGUUUAAAGAAAAAUAUCAAAUUUUACUUAUCUAUAUUUUGAUAUAUAUGAAUGUAUGGACAAUCCUUAAAUAUGUUUUGUUGUACUAGAUUUUGCUUGAAUAAAA